ACCUCUCAAAAUUAAGGUUCUGUAAAUAACAUAUUAUACUAUUAAUCCGUAAACAACGACCAUACAUUUCCGUUAUUUCAAAGAAGUUAACUCAAAAAAAGUUGAAAAUCAUACAAGUAAACAAGAGCAAUUUUGUUGAGUAUUAAUUAUUAUCAACUCAUUUAAUUUUUGUAUAAUUAGUUGUAGUUAUGAUGUAAAAAAUGUAGGCCUACUGAUACUGACAACAUUUCAUUGACACCAUUCAUUGCACAGAGACUACUGGCAAUUAGUAAUAAUACUAGUAAUAGUAGUAACAACAUUAUUGUAAUCAAUAAUGAAUGAAUAUGAUUGUUGUAAUUAUUUGAAAUCGUAUCCACAAGUCUAUACUACUGACUACUAAUUACUGUAGUUAGCCAUAUAAUAGUGUCUAGUCCAGCCAGUGCCUGUCCAACUCCAACCUUUUGACUAUAUGGGGCAAACAUUUUUUUCUUGGAACCUGAACUGAUGAUGAUGAGGGCCGCAAAUGACAUCUCAAGUUUCAAAAACAAAUUAUUCUUGUUAUCAAUACUUCUUUACCUUAUUCUUAUCAUCUUAUGAAUGCACACAAUGUCAAUGUAGUUGUCAGUUGUUUACUGCGGGUCCUGACAUUUUGAAGAAGUACCCGAAAGGUCCAAGUGUUACCCAAAAAAAGAGCUAAACUUAAACUUCUCAUUUUCUCUAAUCUGGCAUUUAUUAUUUAAUUUUAAACAAGGCUGCGACUACUUGCACCUGGGUACCAGAAGUGAAAGGUUGGGAUUAAAAAACUAUUUAAAAUACUAUUGUUAAGUUUGUAAGACAAAAUGAGGUAUCAAAUGAAAGAUAACUGAAUGGACAUGGACUACAUGUUUGUAAACUUACCUCUUCAGUUUAACUAAAAUAACCUACCAAAAAUGACAUCCGAAUAGAAUUUAGUCAAAAUGGCCUCGGACACGCAGCGCCACCAUUCACCACCCGGUUCCCGCAUGUUGGACAGCACUAGUCUAUUCUAUCCUAUUGUUUAGUAAAGUCAUUAUGCCUCCUGAGUGACUAAGAGACUGACACUGAGUAACUGACACAGAUUGUCAGUAUGAGUAUAGUUACAGAAUUAAAUUUAAUUAGUAAACUUUAUUGUAGAACUUAGUUGUAAAGAUUAUUAUUGGAAAUGGCAAUAAUAUAAUCUCUAACUAAGAUAAAAGAAGAAGAAAAAAAAAAGUUAAAUUCAUACAUUAAAACUGCUGGAUAUCUAAAUGAAUACAGUGAAACCUCUCAUAAUGAGUACCUCUCAUAAUGACUAAUUCGCAUAAUGAGCAAAAAAAAUGUGAAGAAAUUGCUCUCUUAACGAGCGACAUUUCGCAUAAUGAGUUACGCAGAAAGGGGAAGUCCCUUUUUCCCUCACUUCUGCUUGGAAAAAACUGGCCAGAGAGUGUUGUUGAAUGUGACUUUGAAACAGUACCUGUGGAGUCUACAGUUAACGAGAUUGUUUCAUUGGCCAAUAUCAUGGGACUUGAGGUGGACAACAACGAUAUUGAAGAGCUUGUGAAAGAGCACAGUCAAGAGUUGACCACCGAAGAGCCUAUGGAGUUGCAUCAUGUUUGACAGCAAGAAAUUAUAGAGGAGAGCUCAUUAAUGGAGGAGGAAGUAGCAGAGCAACAAUCUUCUAGCGCAAUAAGAGAAAUGCUGAAAGCAUGGGAAACUGUUGCAUCGUACAUUGAGAAGCAUCACCCUAGUAAGGACGUGGCUACAAAUUUAUUCAAUGAUAAUGCUGUGACACAUUUUAGUCAAAAUUUGAAGCGUCGGCAAAAACAAAUGUCUUUAGACAGUUUUCUAGUUAAAAAGGAUUAAUUAUUUGUCAUAAAUUCAUAUUUUUAUUUACGUUUUUUGUUUCAAAUCUAAAUUGUAUUCCAAGUAGUUACACUCCUUAACAAUUCAUAAGUAAUUUUAUUUGAAAAAAUGUUAAUAAAAUUUUUUGAAAAAUUAGUAUUUUUUCAGCAUGGAACAAAUUAUCGUAUUUUACAUUGAUUUGUACCGGUAUAGGAAAAAUUGUUUCGUUUAACGAGUGUUUCGCUUAACGAGCAAGAUUCUGGAACGAAUUAUGCUCAUUAUGAGAGGUUCCACUGUAAUACUAAAUAAACAUCCUAGCAUUUCUGAUGUAUAAUCUUUAGGAUUUAUAUGUUAAACCUAUACUAUAUUUAGCAUAAGUUAUUAUUUUUUUUUGAGAAUGAUGAUAUGAAUUGAUUAUUCUAAUUAGGGCUGUGCAAAUUAGGUGAAUAGUGUGGGGGGGGGGGACAUUGUGUGUGCAUUAUCAGGUUUUGCCUGGGUUGCAGUUUUAGUGGCCAUCCAUAAGGUCAUAUAUAAAUAAAAUUUUUGUGAUGAAGUAAAAUUAGUCUAGUGUGUCUAAAUUGUGUGUCAAAUUUGUGACAAUGGGGAGAGGGGGAUUGAAAAUUAGACAAAUACCCAUAACAUCAGUUGUUCUUGGCCCCUAAUAUUAAUUAUUACAUUACAUGGAUUCUUUUUAUUGGUUGUGUAACAACUUAAUUAAAAAAGCAAUGUUUACAAAUGAUUUUUUAUUUUAAUCAUUCAUAAUUUUGAGAUCUUAUAUUUAUAUCUAACUCGAUUAGUCUAACUUAACUUAUUUUCUGACUAGUAUUUUACUUUUAUUGUCUUAGACUUAGUAAAUAACACUGUCACUGUCACUAUGUUGCACACAGGUCUGAAUAGUUGCAAUAUGACUUCUUGCUUUUUCCCUUGAUUGGAAACACAGCAUUUCAAAGAGUAGGCUUCUAAUGGAUGUGUUGAUCUAAAAAUGCAUAGUGAUGACCUGUACUUUACUGACACCCCCAAGCACAGAGGCCAUGACUUGGCCCUCUGGUUUGUUUCUCAUGCUUUUAAACAGCAAGAAUGUCAUAUAGAAAACUUUCGGCAACUGGUUCGUGAUGCUGAGUGGGCUCAUCCUGGAUUUUUAAUGUCACCAGUUGUUGGAUUAACUUUGUUUGUAAGUAAAUUUUAUAUUAUUUUGAAAGUUUUAAAUUUCAUCAAUAAUAAAUUUUAAGUUCAUUGAUUUAUUUAUUGUUUUUAGAACUGGAAAUGAUGUAACUGAUUAAAAACUGGUUUGAUUGCUGUCAAAAUUCAUCUUGUCCUGUUUUGAAUGCUGUGAGCCCUUUGCAAUUCCUUUUUUAGAUUUUAAAAAUUAUUGAUUUGGACGUGAUGGAGACAUAUUUGCCACCCCUUGUUUACCCUGUGUCAUCUUUUAUCUUGCUGCAUUCAAUCUGAUUAAUUUUUAAAAGUGGUGUUUUCGCUAUUUUUUUGGUAAAAAGUUGUAAUUUAUUUUCAUGUGUUUUCCUGUUAUAUUUUUUAAAAAGUACAGUGAAAAAAAUAUAUAUUUUCUAAAACCUUUUAUAGAAAAUUAAUAAGUCCAAAAAUAGUUUGAUAAGUGCACAAUAAUUUAUUUUUACUUUCAGAGAUGCAUCCAUUUAAAUCGAAAAAAUGUUAUAUUAUGUCUACUAUCGGAAGGAGCAGAUGUCAACAUGAUGUUCAGGGGGCGAUGCAUGCUACAUGAAGCAGUUAAGGUAAUGUUUUUUUAAAUACAUUUUUAAUCCCACAUACAUUUAGUUUAUUAUCAUUAAUUAAAUUUAAAAAGAAAAUGAGUUUGUUUAUGGAUCUUAAGUUGAACCGACUUUGGAUACAACGCUUUGAAUUUUUACAAGUUUUAAAUUCAUUUAAUUCAUGGGCAGCUCUUCAAAGUUUAGGAAUUAUGAAUUUCUGAUUUUUUUGUUUUCUGCAAAUUCACUUCUUGAUUUCAAACUUGUGAUAAAGCCUGGCUUGCACCCUUGACUUUAAAAAAAUUUUUUGUAAUCAAUCAUACACGAAGCCUCAAAAUGGCAUUCAUGUUAAUAAAUUAUUUAUUUAUCAAAGUAUAAAAUAUACUUUUUAAUUUUUCUUUAACUCUCAGGUAUCCAAUGAGCAAAUGUUGACUUUCCUUCUGUCCCUGCCUCAUAUUGACAAGGACAUAUGCGAUGUUAAUAAAAGGACGCCAGUAAUGGAAGCUGCACGAGGGAGGCCGAAGUGUCUAAAGGUAAACAUAGAUGGCCAUAGUGGCUUAUCCUUAUAGUUAGUCUCAUUUAGUUGUUGUCAUGCCUUUUACACUCGUCUUGCUAAUGUUAAAUAGUUUUCAAAUCAGCUUUUGAAUUAUGGCUGUAACACUUAACUUUUUUGUUUAUACUUGCCAACCGUCUGUACAAGAACAAUUUAGUUAUAAAAUUGCUUAAAAAUAAUUUAAAGGCAUUGUUUUAUUAAAAUUUAUUUUGUUUUUUAACGUAAGAUUUCUUUAUGAAAGUGUGCUCUUUAAUCCUGGAACUACAUUUGUUUUUUAUUAUGAAUUUAAGAAUCCAUUAAAAAAAUUUUUAAUAUAAUUCCGUGGUUGAGCUCCAUUUACUUGUGACUCUUAUGUGUCUUUAAUUAAUUCGGUAUGGUAUAUUUUUUAGGUCAUGCACAAGUUCAAUUGCACCAGUUCAAUAAUUAUCUAAUGAAAUAUUUUGAUUGACCAGAUCCUUUUAAAUGCAAAUUGUGACCCAUCACUUACUGAUGAGGACGACAACAAUGCCCUGCAUCAGUCGUUUCGUGAAGACCGUGCCCACAGAGAUGACAUACUUGCCUGUUUGGACAUUCUCUUAGACUUUGGCAUGGACGUAAAUUCUUCUGGCUCUUCUGGUAAGACUUGUUUGCAGAAAGCUGUCGAGAUGGGAAACCACUGGCUGGUCCGUUGGCUGAUUCUCCACAACUGUGAUCUGAAUGUGCCAAUAAAAAAUUCAAAACUCGUUCUUGGCUCAUAUCGGUCCAGAAAUGCCAACCAGGAUUUGCCGAUUCUUAUAGCCUUUAAGAAAGCCGAUCGUAUCCUGGUGGAGGUUCUGAUUGCUUGUGGAUGUGAGUUCAGACGUUACCAGUGGAUUUUGGAUUAUUGCAAACCUUACAAACUGCUGUACAGACAUUUGUUAGAUGCUUUUAGGGGUGUUGACUCUCUUCAAUCUCUCUGCCGAAAGAGGAUAAGGACUUGUCUCAGUACAAAUAUUGUCGCAGAAUCCCAACAGCUGGGACUUCCUGUGGCCAUGCAAAAGUUUGUUUUGUGCCAUGAAGAACUGAGUGGAUUAGAUGGCAUAGUAAAGUGAUUGAAGAGAACAAGAAGAUUUGAGAUGCUCCUGAGCUAUAGUGUAUAUUAAAAGUUGUAAAAUAACAAGCUGUUUUAAUCUUGUAAAGAAAUAAGUAAACUGUGAUUAAAAAUAAUCCAUUGAAAUUUAAUAUCUGAGUCAAUACCGUGCUAUUAAUUCUAACAAUUAUUCACCUUUAUUAUUCUAUUAGGCUUUGCUGUUACUGUUAUGGUGUUGUUAUCUUUUGGUAAACUCAGCUUUAUCAAAUUAAUUUCACAUAAUUUUCAACAGGUGGAGAUUGCCUUUAAAAAUGUAUGGAGAGUUAAUGCAAUAAUAAUUGUACAGUUCAUUAAAACAUAACAGUUUUAAAAAGGAUUCUUGUGUGUAAAAAAUGUGUCUUUAUGCUGCAUAUACAGCAGCUACUAUAAAUUGGAUAUUAUUUGUACGUUACGUCUUUCACUUUCCAUCCAUUGUUUGAGCUUUGAUGGACUAUUGAGUAUUAUCUCCAUUUGAAUAGUUGCAUAUAUUUUCUUCUAACUUAUCAAGUUUUCAUGUGUGAUCUCUGUUUGUACUUGGUGAGAUAAAAAAAACAACUUUUUUGGGGCUGGUUGACAAAAAUUAAAAUUUUUGAUUUUAACAUCAGUGUGAAGCGCUGAGAUAUAAUGGGAUCACUCGUGAUAAACUUCUUGAAACCUAAUCCUGGGAGUGUUCAUUUAUGACUUUAAAUUUAUCUUGACAUAAUUAUUUAUUUUUAUCAUCCUAUAACAAGUUACUGCAAAUGUUUUGUUUUUUUCGAUCCGUUUCCAAUAACCUCCAAGUUCAUUAUGGCUAAUGGCAUGGGAAUGCAAAAGUAUAUUAUGUUAAUGUCAUUAUGACAUUAGUUUAAUGUGGACCCCCCAAAGUGAAUGAUAAUGUCAUUAUGACAUUAGUUUAAUAAUGGCAUGUGUUGGUUGUGAGAGCCAUCAAUAGCUCCUCAUGCGGUUUUAGUUUAAGAGAUCUACUUUCAAACAAAAGUGUUCAUGCCAUGUGAUCUGAGUCAUAAGAUAAUAAUAAUAUAGUUUAAAAUUAAUAUAUAUUUUUUAGGCCUAGUUCUGUGAUUUAAAAAAACAACUGAAUAGUAGGGAACAUGGCUCUACUAGAAAUCUUCUAAGUCAAUAUUCCUGUCUGGAUGUUUCAUAUUUGGAUUACAUUCACUUCAGUUCAGAAUAAAAUAUUUUUUGGGGCCAUAAUUACAUUAAUUAAAGUUUUGUUUGACAUAAAAGAAAUAUUUUUUAUAAUAUGUUUAAACUCAUUAUAUUUUUAAAAACUGCCUGUUAUUGUUACAUGAAUGUCAAAGAAAAUGUAAAAUUUAAAUUAUUUUCAGUAAAAUGAACUAUAUGCGGUUGAAAAUAAAUAAAAAUUUAUCGGAUUUCAUUGCCACUGUAUUUUUGUUGUAUAAACAAAUUAAAUGUUUGAAAUCAAAUCCAGAGGGUAUAGAUUGAAAAGAAAUGCCAUAUUAUUUUUAUGUAAUUUCAACAUUUUGUUUGUUUGUCAAUGCUAGAGCCUUUAAAAUCCUCACAUAAGGAAUGGAUU